UUUCUGGUUGCAGGUCAAAUAACUUACUACUGGGACCAACGUAUCUUUGAUUCAUAUUACAAUGAAAUUUUUUACAAACAAUUUAUUAACGUUUCCCAAAGCACAUUAGUUUCGUAUGACAGUCGUUUUUCGAUUCCUCGUGACGGUAAUUUUCAAGCAUAUAAAAAUUUUAUUUUAAAACAAAUUCCGAUGGCCGAUGGAAUCAACGUGUAUGGUCUGAACGAAAAUGCAAAUAUUCAACAUCUGAAAUCGCAGUCAUCCUAUAUACUUGAAAUGCUGCGCAAGGUACCGCUUGAUCCACAGGCUAUUUCAUCAUUUCAAAUUAAACCUUAUGUUAGCAUGGAUUUUGAAAACGUGAAGCAAACAAUCCAAGAGCUGCUAACAAAACUUCCUGUUUACCUAGACUAUGAUAAUGCAGUAAGAAUUGUAGGUGCAAACAGAACCCCUGUAAGUGAUGCUUUGCUGCUCGAGAUACAUUCAUACAAUCAAAUCGUGAGGCUUGUUAGAAAAAAUCUUGAACAAACAUUUGCCAUAUUAUUAGGAGAGCGUUGUUUGAAUGAAGAAUACGAAGACUUUUUAGAGCAUUUCAGACAAAACCGAGUGCCACAUGCUUGGCUACGAUACCCAACAAACAAAUGCAUCUCCGAUUGGAUAUACGAUCUCAGAUGCAGAGUCGAAUUCUUCCGAAUGUGGUCUGAAACUGGUCAACUCUCAACGAACAUUGUUCUUGGAUAUUUUAUAAGGCCAGUCAUGUUUCUAGAUAGCGUAUUGCAGCUCUUCGCCAGCGCCAAUGAUAUUUCAGUCACGGAUGCUGAAUGGAAAGUUACUGUAUUUACCACAAUGAAACCUAUUGUUAAGUUUGCUAUCGCAGAUGGAUUUAUUGCUCGAGAAAUUUACCUGCAAAAUGGAGGUUGGGACCUAGAAAAACAAUGUUUGAAAGAGCCUAAUAUUUUACAAAUGUGUUCUCCGAUGCCACCCACACAUUUUAAGCCUGUCAUCAAGAAAGACGAUGUAAACGAACGAGAUUUUGCAUGUCCCUGCUUUUAUGGCCCCAGCCGUAGUGAAGAAUCAUUUAUUUGUACGCUAUACCUUAAAACGGGAGACUUCCCGAAAGAAAAAUGGGCGAACUAUAAUACCGCAUUGACACUUACAAAUUGAAUGGAUCUGAUAAAUAUAUAUUUCUGGAAUUCAA